AUGGCUGGACCUGAGGAGCCGAUUUGUCAAGUUAUGCUGAAAUUGAUCGAAAAUGAUGACGGUCUAGGUUGUUUUAAAAAAAUAAAAUGUUAAAGCAAAAUGUUUUUCCAGGCAUGGUCAAGCACAAAACCAUGUGUCUGAGUUGUGUUCUGGAAGCGCAAUCGAAAUUCCCGCCCGGUGAAGAAUUCCUGUGGCCUAAUGAUCCGCCGCCGUGGAUUGGUUCGGAAAAAAUAAAUGAUAAAUUAGAAAAAAAUUUCAGAUGUCUCUGAAGAGGAGAAGGAUAACCCGCAGAAUUUAAACAAACACAUGCGCAAAUUUGAGGUUGGAAAAUCAGACAAUGGAAUGAUAAAAUGGAUGGUUUAGAAAAGAAAAUUGUUGCUGACCCCCGAAGAUAUCGACGAAUAUCUCGAGGGCUUGGAGUACGGGGAUGAGAAACUCGUUUAUGAGAUUUCCAAGUACAAAAAAGUUGACAAGUUGGUUUUUGUGUGUAUAUUUUUGCCUCAUUGGAGUUUUAAAGGCGCAAGAGAUUUUUUUGGACUUUGACCUGUGCUUUUUAAGUUUUUUUUAUUAAAGGAUUUUUUUGAGACUUCCCUGUGCGCCUUCAAAUCUUUUUCAAACGCUCAAAUUUUUUUAAUUAUUUCCUUGUCUUCAAGUUUUUGAAAGCACAGGAGAAUUUUUAAGCUUCACUAUGUGCCUUUAAACUUUUUGUAAAGGCUCGGGAGCUUUUUUUGAAGCACAGGUUUUUAAAGGCACAGUAGAUUUUUUUAAGCCUUUGAUGUGUCUUUGAAUUUUUUUUUUUCCCGGCGCAGGAGAAUUUUCAAAAGCUCAGUCGAAUUUUUAAAGGCGCAGGACAUUAUUUUAAAGGCGCAUGGAAUUUUCCGGGAAGAUUUUUUUGGCUUUAAUUUAAUCUUAGAGAUUUAUUCAGGCUUUUCUCUGUGCCUCUAAUUUUUUUUGAAGUUCCGAGUAAUUUUUUUUUUGGCUUUUUGUCGUGCCUUCCAUUUUUUGUUAAGGAGCAGGAGACUUUUUAAACUUCUUGAUGCGCCUUUAAAUUUGUUUCCGGACUUCCCAGAAUUUUAUAUUUUUUUCAAAAAUGUCUUUGAUUUUUUUAAAAGCCGUCGAAGAUUUUUUUUAGGUUUUCCGUGGUGCUUCUAAGUUUUUUUUAAAGGUGUAUAAAGAAUAUUUGAAAUUUUUUUAGGUACAGAAACUUUUUUGACCUAAAUUCUUCAAUUUUUUUCGAGAAUUUUUCUUCAAGUUUUUUUGAAAAAAAUAUGUCAAUUUCAAAAAAAGAGUACUCAUCAGGGAGUUUCUUUGUGGCUGGUUGAAGGCUCAGAAUCACGAGAAAUAUAUUAAUUUCUUGCCAAGAUUUUCUCGGAGUUCUCCCUGUGUCUUUGAAAUUGAUGAAGGGUCUCGAAAGACGGUUUAUAUUAUUUUUAAAAAAAGAUUUUCGAUUUUUUUGAAUGUAUAUGAAGUUUUUUUCUGAUUUUCCCUGCGUCUUUGAGUUUAUUAAGAAGAUCAAAAAAAGUUUAUUUUCUUCAUUAACACCGUAUUUCAAAUUAUUAAAGGCGCAAGAUGUUUUCAUAUUACUUUCUGCGCCUUUAAACUCUUCAACAAGCUUUUUGAAUAUUUAUUAUUUGAAAACUUUAUGAAAAAAGGGAUUUUUCCGCAUUUCUUACCCAAAUACCGUGUUUUUUCCAGGAUGGAGGCAAGAAAAAUAAUGCGUGAUAUCCGAAGGAAACAGAAAGAAAAACAACGGGAAAAAGAAGAGGAUGAGAAAAAUGCCAAGAAACAGAAGGAAGCCGACGAGAGAGCCUCGGAAAAGCUGCGCAAGGCCGACGAAAAACGCAUCGAAAUGGGGGAUAGAAGAUCUCGAAUCGUUGAUGGGGAGGUGAGCAGAAAAUUAAGUGGAGAAAAUUUUCAGUUUCAAAAAAAAUUGAUUUUUAUCAUUAGAGCGCAAUUGAGCACGAAAAAUUGCCUUUGAAAAUUUUUUCUAGUUGUUUUUGGGACACAUAAUGGAGUUUCUAAUAUCUUUAAUAGAUUUUUUGCUUUGAGGAUGAAUAAAAGAGUAAUUAAAAGUGAAUGUAAGUAAAAGGACAAUUUUUAUCAAUGGAGCGCAGUUGAGCCCAAAAAAUCGCCUCUAAAAAUUCUUAUCAAGAGUUUUUUUAGGAAUCUUAAUAUAGUUUCUAGUAUUUAUAGAAUAUUUACUUUCUUAAAAUAUUAAUGUAAAGUUGGUCAGAAGUGAAUGGAAAAAUAUAUGAAAAAAUUUUGUCAUUGGAGCGCAAUUGAGCUCAAAAUAUCGCCUCUAAAAUUUUUUUCUCUGUUUUUUUAUCAACUAACAUACUGAGGUUCUAAUAUGUAAAAUAUAUUAUUCCCUUCAAAAAACUCACAAUCGAUGUAAAGCUAAUAAGUACAAAAAUUAGAAGGGAACGAAAAAAAGGACAAUUUUUAUCAUUGGAGCGCAGUUUGACACUGGAAAUCGCCCUCAAAAUUAUUUUUCAUUCGAUGAUCAUUAUCAGCUCACCUACCGGGAUGUCUUAUAUUUGUAAAAUAUUCAUCGAGGUUCAUAAAAUAAAAAAUUUGGAAGCGGAUGAUAUAUAUAUAAACUAGUUUUUGUCAUUGGAGCGCAGAUAAUGACUGAAAAAUCGCCUUAAAAAAAUUUUUUUGUUUCAAAUUUGGCUAAUAAACUCACUGGACUCUUCAGUUUUUCAUAAUAUAUUCGUUCCCUUGGAAAAAAAGUACUUACAAGGAAUUUUUAUAUGAUAAGAUGAUAAUAGUAGAAUGGGAUGAAAUAAAUAAAACUAUUGAUUUUUUAUCAGUUUGAGAAGCUAAAAUUUUCAAUCAUUUCAACUUUUUUUUCCAAUUAGAAAAAUUAUGCUCCUUUUAGGCAGGAAAUCUCCUUCUCUAGGAAAAUAAAAUCGCCAGGAUUUUCUUGGAUUUGCUUUGAUUGUAAAAGGCAACAAUAGCGAGAAUAUUGUUUUGAAGUCCAAAAAGAUUAUAUUUUUUGCGUGAAACGUAUGUUCUGCGUCAUUUUUUGACCUUUGAAGGGAAGAAAUGUCUUUUUUUUUGUUUUCAACUUGGCUCGGAAGUGAAUUUUUCUUCAUCAUAAAUUAAACUAAAGACAGGGAUUUUUCUCGAAAAAUGUUCUAAAAAUGGUUAUUUUCUUAAGUUUUUGGGUGAAAUUAAAGCUCCUUUUUCGGAUUUUUUUAACGAAUUUAUGUGGUUUUUUCGUUUUGUAAGUUCUGUAAAAGCUUGAAUCACCCAUAGGAGUGAAGGAAAUGAAAAUUUUUCUUUGCUUUAGAGAAAACUCGAAAAAUUAUACGGAAAUGGGUUGAAUAAAUGAUGAAAAAUGACGAUUUUUUAGGUCUUUCACACGAUUUUCAUUCGACAAGUUCGGAAAAUUAGACUUUUUUUCGAGUUUUACUCCGAUUUUAACUCUAUUUAACUUUCCAGCAACUCCAAGCGAUCCUCGCGAUGGACAAGGAAGAGCUAAGACUACAGGAAGCAGUGGAGAAAGCAGUGGAAGAAGCUGAGAAAAAUGAAAAGAAGAAAAAAGGAGACACCCACAAGAAACCAACAGGACCCGCUGUUUUCAAUGUAAUUUCACCCAGAAAAAAAGAAUUUUUUUCCGAAAAAAAAAUGUUCAGAAAAAAUCGGCAAUGCCCUGGAUGCCAUCCCCCGUUGAUAUUAUUGGAUUCGAGGAUAGAUCGGUUCGUUUUUGGGAGUUUUUAAAAAAAUGAGGGUUUUUGAAGAGUUUUGACUGGAAAUUUUGGAAGAAAAUGGGUGAAAUUUGGACUUUUCAGUUGAAAAUCAUACAGAAAAACGGUUGAAAUUCAAUUUUUCGGCUGAAAUUUUGAGAAAUCUGACGAAAAAAGCAAUUUUCCAGGUGGAAAUCAUGGAAAAAUUUGUUUGAAAUCAAAUUUCGCUCAAAAUUUCAUAUAAAAUAGUGGAAACAAAACUGUCUCGAAGAAAUUUUCAACGGAAAAAAAUGAUGAAAACUGAUAUUUCGAUACACUUUUUGAGCAAAAAAAUCUAGUAUUUUUUUCGUAGAAAUUAAAAAAAUUUUUUUAAUAGAUCCAAGGAAGCUCGACUGAAAUCAUGUAGAAAAAGCGAUUAAAAUUCGACUUUCGGAUGAGAUUUUUUUAUUUAAAAAUUAUGAAAAAUUUAGUUAUUUCGUUCAAAAGUUAUCAUCAAAAACGAACUUUUCUGAAUAGACUUUUUCAAAGGAAUUAAUUAGGAAAUCGAAUAUUUUCAUCAAUUUUUUUAAGAUGGAAACUGAUUUUUUUCAGAAAUUCUCCUACGAGGAUCAGAAGCGAUAUGUCGCGAUAUGUCAGAAUUUGACGAAUACUGGAGAUUAUCGACACACGACAAAUCGAGAGGAGAUGAAGGUAUUGAAAAAGAAAAAUAGAGAAAAUUUGAAAAAAAAAACCUCCAUCAAAACUUUCCUGUUUCAAAAGUUUUUAUAAAACCGACUUCGAUUGAUUCGAUAGUUCUAUUGUCAGAAUCGUGCAAAUACUCUUGAAACAGGCCAAAAAUAAGUUUAAUCUCAUGCGCCAGACCAAAAACGACUUGCGCGGAGGAGUAUAAAAAUAAUGCUGCUAAUGGCUUGCAAUAUUCAGGUCGACUGAGAAAAAUAUCAAUUCAAAAAAACCCUGAUCUUUAAUAUUCGUGUUUGAAUAUUUUUUUAUAAAAAAAUAUACUAAUCUCGUGCGCACGACCCGAAACGACUUGCGCGGAGUAAAUAUUUGUAAAAACUUGCUCAGGACCACUGAGAGAAAAAUCAUAUUUUAAGGAAAAAAAAACCCUUGUUAUCAGUAUUUUCCCGUUUCAAAAGUUUUUAGAAUAACCUAUUUCGAUUCAUUAAAUAGUUAUAUUGUUCUAUUGGCAUAUUCGUGAAAAUUCCUUGGAAAGAGGUCAAAAAUAAGUUUAAUCUCGUGCGCCAGACAAAAAGCGACUUGCGCGGAGGACUAUAGAAAAAAUGGUAGAAGCUUGCAAAAUUCAGGUCGACUGAGAGAAAUUUUUGGAAAAAGUCCCAUUUUUCUUUUCUGAAAGCUAGGAAGCGUGGGAAGUUAAGAGAGCGCAUGGAUAAAAAAUGUCUGCGCUCUCCUUUUUAAAACGCUCUCUAUAUUCCGAAUUUGGAGCUUUUGCUUCUUCACACUGUUUUUUCUGCUCACUCGGAAAAUUGAAAAUUGAUCAAAUUUUAUUCUGAAAACUUUACUUCUUUUUUUCUCCAGAAACUUGAGAAGUUUGACAAAAAAUAAUUUCCUUAGAAAACGUGUCAAUUUAUCGUGGUUCAUGAAUUUAAAAAGUUGAACUUUUCUAUUAAUAUCGUCACGUUAAUAUAUUCAGUGAAAGAAGGAUUCCAAGACCAAGUACGUUUGCAAGAAAUUACUUAUAUUCACUUUAAAUUAUACAUUUGUUCAGUCUUCAGAGAACUUUUUCUGCUUAAUAAUAAUGGAAGGAAAAAAAGGAGUUUGUCGGUUUGAGAAACGGUCGUUGAUCAAGAACGGCGGGUAGAGUAUCACGCCCUUGUUUGAAAGUAGUAGAAAAGUUCUGAGACUUCCGAUGAUCAGCUGCUUCUCCGUGUAGGAACAGUAGGACGCCCAACUUGUCCUUGGCUGGCAAAACAUUAUGCUUUUCUUGUUCACAAUCGUUUUAUAAAAUUAAUUUCCUCAAUUUUUGCGAAAAACCCCUUUAAAUGUCCCAUAGUGUUCUCAAACCUAGAGCAAAACAGGAAAUCUCCUCAAGGGUCUUUCAAAAGAAAAAAAAAGAAAGAUCUUUAAGGGUCCUAACUUAUGAACGCCAGAGUGAUCCCUGUAGGGGUUAAGGCUCAAGCAACCACUCCAGGGGCCGAAAAAGUUGGUAAAGCGAUCCCUAGGGCGGACCCUCUAAGGGCCCUUAAGAUUGCCCCUAUGGGGACCACUCUGGAGUUCUGAAUAAUCAGAUCUUUUUUUCAUCUAUCCCACAACCUUCAAGAAAAAAGGUGCUGUAAAGUAACGAAAAGGCUUUCAGUGGUUUCAAAAAGGGUUCACCAAGGCUAUGAAAAACAAUGUGGCCAGUGGGCGUGACUUGUUGAAAUUGUGUCGAAAAAAAAAUAAUUUGCUAUAGGAGCGCGGUUAUCAAAAAGUAACUGUAUGCAUUUUGAAGAUCAAGCAAUUUUUUUAAAUUGAAAAGAGACAAAAAGUUUUUUUGACAAAACGAUUUAUCGCUUUCAAGGGAUUUUCACCGAAUCGAGUUCAGAAAGAGAAAAUUUUGAAACAAAAGUGUAGUCUGACCAGAUUUUGAAGUUCAAGUACAAUGACGUCAUUCGAAAACUCGGAUGAAUCGCUCUCUGAUUGGUUCAUUGAGCCAUUAGGGGGCGGAGCUUGAGCGACGGCUUUAAAUCUAAAGUUCGAACAGACUGACUGAAACUGUCUGGCUGAUUCACAGCUGGCUUGAGCUAUCCAAAAAAGGGUUCUGACACAAUAAAAAAAGAGAUAGUGCCUGGUUGGUGGAGAGAGCAGACAGGCCACGCCCCCUUGCGUUCCAAGUUACCCGUGAAUCGGCUAUAUAAACAGGGAUCUCAAUGGAAGUUAUAAUUAUUUUUGGUAAAUUAUCAGAUUUUGGGUUAAUAUCGAUUCUCAUAUCAUUUCUAUUCAUAGCAACUUUGAAACUUAACAAUGACGGGUGAAAUUGGAUAAUCAACAAAAAGUUUUUUUUAAACUUAAAAGUUUUAUGGAAGCAACGGGGAGAAAAUGGAAUCUGGGAACUUUGGAUCUCUAGAGUGGUCCCUCUAGGGGCCACUUUACCAAUCCCUAUGGGGCCCAGCUAACGCUUGCAAAAGGGGUUCCCAUAUAGGUAUAGAUCGUCAAAGGCAUUGGUUCAAAUCUUCCAAUUUUUCCCUUCCUAGGACUUCCUGAAAGCGUCGCAAGAAGAACGCGACGGUUUCACGGAAUUGGCAUUGCAAUGGGCCGACGACCGCACGCAUUGGCAUCCUUUGGACUCGCUCACCAGAGGCGCCAUUGAUUAUAUUCAGGUGAAUUUCGGAAAGGAAUCAAGGAUUUUUUCAACUUUAUAGGGUAGAUACGCAUUUGAAACUCUUUUAGCUGACUUUAAAAAAUUAGAGGCGUUAGUUAUUUUCUUCAGAUGGAUUUUUCGAACGAACAUAGCAAUUUUUGAGCUGGAUACGAGGAAUGCCUAACUUAAAAAUGUUCUAGUUACCCUAAAAAUAAUGAAAAUCCAAAGAAGCUGUCGAUUUUAUCCAGAGGAAUUUUUAGAACGAAAGGAUGGAUUUUUUGUUGAGAUUUGUAGGGAUAUACAGACUUGGAACAGUUCUAGCUGACCUAAAUAUUAUUGUAAGAUCCAAAAAAAGCUUUUUGAUUUUAUCCAAGUUGUUUUAAAGAAAGGAACAAAAAAAUAGCGAUUAUUGAACUUUACAUGAAAAACUUGGUACUUGAAAAAAAGUUUAGUUUACCUGAAAAUAAUUUUUUUCAAAAAGCCAAAGACGCUUUUGAUUUUAUAUUGGGAAUUUUUUUAAAGGAAAUCAGUGAUUUUUUUGAAGAAUAUAGGGAAAUUCGGCGCUAUAAAUCUUCUAGUUGAUUUUUUUCUUUAAUAGAAAAGCCAGGGGAAUUAUCGAAUUUAUUCAGUUUUGCAUGUAAAUUCGAAAUUUCAGAGAAAAUAUUUUUUUCAUUUGAAAAAGAAGUUUUUUUAAUUUCUAAAAAAAUAUACAAAAAGUUUGAAAAAAAGUCUUCAGAGCAACUGGAAGAAACGCAUACCCAACGGCAAGCAUUAUCUGGUUGGGGCGCCUGUUUUCACGAUGAAUUCCGAGGAUCUUGAUGUAUUUUUUUUUUCACUCUUUCCUUGUUUUUUUGCUCCGAAAUAUGCGGUUUUUUCGAUUUUUCUCCUUCUUUUUUCCUUCAAUUUGCGAAUUUUUCCAAUUUUCUAAAUUGGUUUUACCUGAAAUUUGCAAGAUUUACCUAUUUUAUAGUUCUUUUUCCUGAAAUUUGAAAAAUUUUUCUUAAUUUAUUGGUUCUUUUUCUCCUAAAUUUGCGAAUUUAACCAAUUUUGUGGUUCUAUUUUUUUUCCUAAAAAUUUGCGAAAUUUACCAACUUCACAUUUUUUUCUUUUCAGUUUUCUUGUUAUUUUUUUCUCGUAUAAUUGCCAAUUUUUUAAAUUUUUGAGGUUGUUGCCAGAGGCGAGAAGACUGUUCUGGAGCCGAAAAUGGUUCGUCUCCUUCAAAAAGGAAAAAGCGACUUUUUAACGGUAAAAGAGUGAAGAUUUUCACGAUUUUUCUUCGGGUUUUCAGUUUCCGGACAUGACGAAACAGUGCUCUUUGGAAAGUGUGGUCGGUUUGGAACGGCCAGAAAAAGUGGCGAUUCAGGAUGAUGAGGUAGAAAAUCGAAAAAUCGGGUCAAAUUACAUUAAUUUAAAAAAAUGACUUUUUUCUAGUUCGCUUAGGAGCUCCAGAGUGGUCCCUAUAGUGGCGGCUUCAGAGCCCUUUGAAGGGUAAACUCUAGGGACCACUUUAGCAACUUUUAUAGGAACCACCAAAACUUGUGAAAAGGGUCCUUAUAGAGUUUCGGGGACUUUAGUGGUGCUCAUAAGGGUUUCAGUUAGUGGCUUCUUCAGGGGAGAUUGCUAGUGGUCCCUAUAGGGUUAAAGAUAAAAUUUACCUGUUUAGGAGCUUCACAGUGAUCCCUAUCGGGGCGACUCCAGGGGUCCUUGGAGGGUCCCCUCUAGAGUGGUCCUUAUAGGGUUCCGGGGACUUUUUAGUGGUGUCCAUAGGGGUUUCAGUUAGGAGCUCCUCUAGGGAAGCUUGCUAGUGGUCCCUAUAGGGGAAAAGAUAAAAAGUACCUUUUUAAGAACUCCAGAGUGCUCCCUUAAAUUUAGGAACCACUUUGCCGACACUAUAGAAGCCCUAAAACUUGCAAAAGUGGUCCCUACAGAGGUUUCAGUUAGUGAAUCCUCUAGGGAAGCUUGCUAAUGCUCUCUAGAGGGUAAAAAAUAAAUGGUACCUUUUUAAGAACUCUAGAGUGGUCCCUGAAGGGGCGACCUUGGCCACCACUAAGCUGACUCCUAUAGGAGCCCCUAAAACUUGGGAAAGUAGUCCCUACAACAAAAUUGGUUCAAAGCUCAUUGUUUGAAGCUUGGUCCUUUGAAAAUCAUUUUUAGAGCCUUUUUCAGAUCGUCCGAGAACUCUGCUACUUGAACGACCUGGACGUGGCGAUGGACGCUACAACGGCCUGUCAUCUGAUGUGCGAAAGCUGGGAAUCUCACGAAUUCGACAUCGCCGUCCCGAUCAGCAUCCUAAAUGAUGAAGUUCAAGGUUUUCAGGGAGUUCGGAGGACUUGGGACUUGAAAAAACUGUCAUUUCUUCAAGAAAUAUGCGUUUUAAAAACAGAUGGAUCGGCUCUUCAACAAAAAUAUAUUACUUUCAAAGUAGUAUUAUAAGUUUUUUUGAACUCAAUUCUCAUGAUUUUCGUUACAUUUCGGUCAACAUAAACAAAUUGUGUAUGGGUAUGGAUCGGCUAUAACUAAACUAGCAUUCUGAAACCCGGAACUUCAUCGAAAAAACAAUCAAUUUUCUAGGAAAAACUCGAAAAUUGGUCAUUUUCGAGAAGCCGUCUCCUACGAAUACAAUUUCACGGGCCACAGUCCAAAGGCAGUUUAUGAAACAUUCGCUAAGAAACACUUUCGUCAAAUCGUCGCCUGCGCCUUUAAUCAAGGAGAAGCCCAAGGAGAAGAAGGCCAUUGAGCAAGGUGAAUAGAGUGCAGAGGUCUUUCUUUGCAAAAAAGGGACAUAAGAAGGACAUAAGAGGGACAAAAGGGCAAAGACAAAACUUUGAAAUUUUUACGAAAGAGCGCAGUUUCUGGUUUUCAGGGAAGGGACAAUAAAAAAUCAAUCUUUUGAUCGACUUCCAGAAAUUUUUAAGUUCACGGCGUUCCUAAUGGGACGAGGGAAGGUGAGCGAGGCGUCAAAGUUUCUGAAUUUCCAAAAAAAAAAAGCAAGUGCGCGCUCCGGAUGAAGUUACGUCACGACGCGUCAUUCUACGUCAUAAAUUACACUGAGUAUUCAACGUUAUAACUUGUUUGAUCGAUCGCCUUUGGCUGCGUACUUGAGAUUUGAAUUUUCGCGCCAAAAUUUCUUUUGACGUCUCCCCACCUCGUUUGGGAACGCCGUGAAGCUAACUAAAAAUCGCUCCAAAAACAUCAAGGAGUAUACAAGAAAAAAAUCGGGCCCUGUUGACGCGAAACACAUGCUCCGUGGCUUUCGUUUAAAAAAAUGUUCAUCCGAUUUGGGCCACGGAGAAAAAAUUUAGAUUUUUUUUUUCGUAUUUCAUCUACAGUAGCCCUCAAAAGGGCGGAGCUUUUGAGAACCUCAACUAAAAGUUCCAGAGGCAUUUUUAGUUGUUGUGACAGAAGUAUAAGCUCUAGAAAAGUCUUACUCUUUUGGCAACUCAUCGAUUUUCUCGGAAUCAUUCUUCUUCUUCUUACUCCCUUGUAUAGUCCGUCUGGCGCAACUUGACAGUUUUCGCGUGUCUGCGUCUCUCUGUUCUCUCACCGACGAAGUCGGAGAAAAAUGGAAAUAGCAUGCAAACAUGAGAGGGGCGUCGAGAGAUAAGGAGGGCGCAGAAAUUGACUAAGAGAAGUCCCGCCCUUUCAAGUCGCGAAAAACGUACUAUACCGCUUGAGUGGCGAUUAGCCGAGGUCUUAUCCUGAUAUGUGAUUAUCAGUGGACUGGCUCCAGUGACAUAUCCGUCCUUGUGUGUGACGGCUAAAAAUUUUUGAAGCCGUGAUUCCCCACUACCAUCAUCUCUUAAACCCCUUGGUUAGGCGGGGAUCGAACUUGUGACCCUGUGCACCGUAGACAGGCACACAAUCUGUUGCGCUACGCAGAGCCCCUAUCGCUCUCGGAAUCGUUAAUCAAAAUCAUUGAAUCUGAAAAUGAUUGAAUUUUCAGAUGAUUCUGAAGAGAAACAACCGGUUCACCCGUCGCUACUGGUCAGGCCUUCGUCUAGUUUAGAAAUCGUGACUUUUGAAACUUCUGAAACUUCUGAAACUCCUGAACGGUAAUCAAAAAAUCAUAUAUCAUGUUUUAAAAAAUUUUGGCCAAAAGUCGUUUUUGGCUCAAAAAUGUAGGGAAGUUCAAAAUUUGGUUGAUUAUUUCAUGAAUUUUGGCUGUUAGGUACUCUGAAAAGUAAAUCGAGAAAAUGUGGUUUUUCCAAUUUUUAGUGGAGUUAUGACUACUUGAAAGUGCCAAAAAUCCUCUUUUCUAAUGUUUUUCAAAUUUGAGGCGUUGUAACUAUGAUAAAAGGCAGAAAGCCCAAUUUUUCAGACCGAUUGAGAGUUCGGAAAGUCCUGAAGAGUCUGUGAGCCAAUUCCAAUCAAAAUCUGGAAAUCCCGACAGCACCCCGACGGCUGGCGUUGAUCUUCUGGACUCCAUCCUGUCAGACAUUUCCAAGGCCGCCACUUUCGCCCCAUCACCGACUAAAAUCUCCUGGAAUGAUCCGAAUCGACCCAGCAGCACUGGUAUUGAGCUUUUGUUCGGUUGUCGCUGGCUUGGGGGAAUCUCUUGCUUCUUUAUGUGCAUUCGUUUGAUAAAAAAAUUUUUUUUCGAAAAUAUUGUUUCAUAGACCCUUUUUGGAUCUUCCUGUUUCAUAGUAUUUUUCGAAAACUUUGGAGUUUUCUCAUUUUUUUAAAAAUUUUUCUUGAUUUUUAAUAGUUUUUUUACUGAUUCUCUCCGUUUUGAAAUUCCGAAAAAUAGAAGAGUCCAGAAUUUAUGAUAUUUUCUUAAACCAUUUGAACACCUUUGCAUUGACUUUUUUUAAGAUAUACCAUGAGAUUUUAAAAAUUUUGAAUUUUUCUCUUUUUUUUUUGACUUUUUUUUUCAUGAGAUUUUUCAAGAUUUCAAUUCCUCUCUAUUCUGAAAGUAGAACAAGGUAUCUACAAUUUUUAGUAAAAAUCUGAAAAGCUUUGUCAAAACUUAAAAUUUCUUAAAUAGGUUUUUUUUUUCUUUGUGGUUUCUUCUGUAUAUCAUAGGUAUCAUAGUUCAUAGGACAACUUUUUCGCGAAUUUCGAACUUUUUAGGAUUUCAGAAAAAGUAUCCGACAGCACCGUACGAUUUGUAGAACGUGAUUGAACAUCCUAGAAUUUUAAUUUUUUUUUGAAAUACAAAUUUUGAGAAUUGACUCAUUUUGAUUCACCAAUAUGUUCGCAAAUUUGAGUUUCUGACGUUUUUUAGUAGUUUCUUGUCCCAAGCUAGCGGUGAAUAGAGUUUUGGGCCCAAAUAAUCAAUUUUCCAUCAGGUUAUCAGUAUGGAAUCUUCAAAAUCGGGGAAAUCGAUGUUCUGAUUCGAUCGGCACCGUCUCCGAAAGUACAGCCCUUGCACGCGUAUGCGCCUGAUUAUUUGGUUUUGAAAAAAUAAUAUCUUUAAUAAACUUUUAAAAAUGUGUCUCCAGAAAGUUCGGCAACAACUCGUUCGGAAAUUGGUCUCCUUCGAGCCGAGGAUCGAGUAUAUGCCCAAUUGCGGUGCCAUGGUAGGGUUCAUAGCAUGUCUAAGUUUUCAAUGUCAAGCUCCGCCCCCGCGAUGAGCCAAUCACAGAGCGAGCCACCAACAGAGCCUUCUUGAAUGACUUUGGAACUCCAAAGUGGUCCCUAUAGGGGCGACAUUAGGGGCUCUUGGAGGGUCCCCUAUAAAGAGCACUUCAACGAGUACUAUGGAAUGGGCUACUGAAUCUUGCAAAAAUGAAAUUUAGGGGUCAUCAUUGCAUCUAACCCCUAUUCUAAUCUCUAUAACUUGCAUUUUUUUUAGAAUCUCGGUGAAUUUUCAGGCACUUGGAACCGAAGAAUGGCUCUGGAACCACCUGAAAAAGACGUUCAAAGGAUCCGCGGCCCACGCUUUGUUCAGAACGCAUUUUUCGUGGGUUUUAAGAAAAAUAAAAGGAAUUUCGAGCGUAAUCUGAAUCACAUGCAAAAGUAAAAUUUUUUUUCGGAAAAAGUGGAAAACUUGACAUUUUUCCUGUUUCAAAAUAUCAUGAAAAUGUCGCGUCCGUAGCGUUUUCCACUUAACUUUUUAUACCCAAAAAAAUUUCAUAAAAUUAAAAAAUCAGUAAAAAUACAGUAAAAAAAUUUUUAAUUUUCGCAAAUUUUCAUGGUAGCUCAAUUUUUUCUCCUCAAAUCUCAUUCAUGAACUUUGACUCAGUAUUUUGUGAGCCUUUUUUCAGUUUCGAUCAAGUCCUCCAGCUGGACUUGUUCUCGAUGAGCGGCGAUCUGAGAACCCGGCCUGAAGACGCCUUUUCUGUGUCCGUCUUUGUCGAAUCCAAGCUCAAAACCAUAUUUCAUCCUUCAGAUUGUCCUCCAGAACGUUGCGAUUCGAAAAGUUGCUGAAAAAUUCGAUGAAUUUGGCGAAUGGCAACUAUGCGAUUUAUAAGGAGAACGGACAGCCGCUGAGAAUCAUUCGAGCUGUCGAUUCUUCGACGUAAGUUCUUUUUUUUAGGAUUAUGUUUUCAUUGGAUUACUGAGCUGAGAAAUAUCUUUUUUCCGGAAAUUUUAACUUUUUAUUUGCUGGGAAAGUUUCAUAAUGGAACAGAGUACUAUGUAGAGGUCUUCUUUUUUCAAUUUUUCUCGCGAUUUUUAAAAAAAUUAGGACUGAGUUAUUUUUCGGCUAUGUCUUCCAGAAGUUUUUUGAACAUUCUGAGAAAAAUUUUUAGUGACCACUAUAGAGGCUCUCCAAGGCACUAAAGUGGCCACUGAAAUUUGUAUUGGUCUAGCAGUAGCACUUAGACCCCUAUAGUGACCACUAAUUUGACUACUAUAGUGGCCACUAAAACUUUUCCCAGUUCUGCUUGAAACGCGCUCCUUCUUUUUAAUAUAGCCGAUCCAUGGCUAGCUUGAGACACUAAGAGGGCGUGGCCUAUCUGGGCUCUCCACCGACCAUACACUAUCUCUUUUAUUAUCGUGUCAGGACCAGAGAUUGGCGCAAACGAAUUUUCAAAUCGCGGAAUGAGGAAUCCUUGAAGAUUUCCGUAGUAAAAAAGAGAAGUACCUUUUUUUUUUGUAAAGAUAACAUUUAUGUGUUUUCUCUUUGGAUGGUAGUUUUCGACAGUUAGCUUGUGAAAAAGGCUUUUUUUUUUUGAAAAUCUUACUUUUCAUUCGCUGGAAAAGUUUCAUAAUGGAACAGGGUACUAUGUAGAUGUCUUUUUUUUUAAUUUUUCAAUUUUUUCCUGUCUUUCUCAAAAAAUUCAGGCCUGAACUGUUUUCCUGAGUUCCCUUGGCUUUUCCUGUUUUUCGGACAUUAUUUUAAAAAAGCGCUCUUUUUUGAUAUAGCCGAUCCACGGCUGGGUUUAGACGCAAAGGGGCGUGGCCUGUCUGGGCUCUCCACUAACCAGGCACUCUCUCUCUCUUUUAUUAUCGUGUCAGGCCCCUUUUUUUCGAUGGCUCAAGCCAGCCGUGAAUGAGCUGAUGCUUGCAGGAGAAACGCGAUAGACGGCUCCAUGUUCACGGCGAUCGUAGAAAGACCUAUGGAAAUCGAGUCGGAAAAACCUUUGACCAUCCGCAAAGCCUUUUAUGGCUGGUGUAUGGAGGUCUUGCUCCAGUGGCAGGUUUUUCCCCUUUUUUAGAAAAUCAUAUUGAAGUAAUUAUGCUUCAGAUUGUACAGUCCCGAGCUCCGGGCACCUUUUUGCCUGCCGAUUCGCCCAUCAUCCGAAAUGUGAGUUUAGGGCCGAAAUUUGCGUUGAAUGUCUGCUCUAUUGAUAAAUUUCGAAAUUUGGAAAUUUAGGGCCAUUUUUACAAGGCAACCUUUUUUGAGAGCUUCGGUCAAAAUCGGAAAAUUUUUCGAAAAAACGGGUUUUUGGAAGAUUUCUGCUCAAAUCAUGUAAAUUUUUUUCUUAUGAGAUUUUAUUAUUUUAACAUAGUUAAUUUGAAUUUCAUGAAAAAUCCGAUUUUCAAGAAUUUUUUUAAACAUAGCUAUGGGGUGUUUGAAGGCAUAUGAACUGACUUUAUUGACAUUUUGUGCUCAUCCAAAAUUCUGCCGUCUUUUCAAAAAUUAUUUGACUUUCUAAACAACUUAUCGAUCGAUUUUGACGCUUUUCUUCAAUUUUUCUUGACUUCAUUUUAUUGCACUUCCGAAUUUCGCAGUUGCCAUCGAAAAACACCCUGAUGGAAGUGUCUCGCAACCGAAAUAUCUUCAAGAAGCAAAUAAACCGGGCAGUUUCGCGCACCCGAGAACAAUUGGAAAUGGAACGGGCUCGUGCUGAGGAAGACGUGAAUCAAAUCAUCGCCGAACUCGGCAUCCCUACGGACCCGGACUUGGCCGUCGUUUGCGGGGAACAUCGGUGAGGAAUCGGGAAAUAAUGAUAAUCGAUGGGGGGGGGGGGGAUAAUUUUUAGUCUCGGGGGAAAUUUUUCAGUCUUGCAAGGUUUUUUUUCAAGUCUCCGGGAAAAAAAAAUGAGAUUUGGUGGUUCAGAAAACGUUUCUUAUGGAGCUUCGAAAGCUUGAAAUAUGUCGUAAUUUUCGUAUUAUGCAAACUUUGAAGCUUCAAAAAUCGAAAAAAUGACCGUUGCAAGAAAUUUUUUUGUUCUGUAUUAAAGUAACGCUUCAGCAAAGUUUCAUCGAAAAAUUCAACUGUUUGGGGGUGGCUAAGAGCGUUUUCUAGUAAGAAUGCCUAGAAAAAAAUUUUACCUUAAUAAAACCUUUCUUCGAGUUAUAAAGCUUCAAAAAAAUUCUCAAAUUUUUUUGUAGCUUGUGAACUUUAAAGAGUCAGAAAUCGAAAAAAAAAUACGUUUUUUUACUUGAUCUGCGAUUUCAAGUACGGUCCGGUCAUGAAAAAAAUGAACCUCGCGAACGAAAAAAAGACUGUAGACGAUGAAAACCCUAUAGGGACCUCCUUAAUUUUACACCUAACUACUAUAGGGACCACUGUUGAAUAGAAGGUCUUCAAAAAUGGUUCGUCCGUUUUGAACGAGUUUGUCUCAGAGCCUCGAGAGGCCGUGGCGGACACCAAUGGCGUGGUCGCGGCGCAGGCUUCCGUGGACGCGGAAGAGGUCGUCCUCCUUGGGGCAGAAGUUUCCGUAAUCGAGGUCGAGGCGAUUCCCAUCACGGAUUCCGUGGUCGAGGACGUCUUGGUGGAGAAUCUCAAGAAGGCUUCCAAGGCAGAGAUCGCGGUCAGGAAACCCAAAACUAUACGGACAAGGGUAAAGAACCGACCUAAUAAAAUGGAUUUUGAGCCUUUUUCAGACGCUCCCUCUACAUGA